CUGCUCCGGGAAACGCCGAGGAUUUCAGGAGAUGUGGUUGGUUGAGUAACCGCGCAGGCGCCAGAGCACAAUGGCGAUGUUACCGGCGGCUGGGCGAAGCGUGGUGUUUGUCACCGGCAACGUUAAGAAACUGGAGGAGGUGAUUCAGAUUCUAGGUGACUCCUUUCCAUACAAACUGGUUGCAAAGAAAAUAGACUUACCUGAGUACCAAGGGGAGCCUGAUGAUAUUUCUAUCCAGAAGUGCCAGGAAGCAGCUAAGCAGAUCCAGGGACCAGUCAUUGUAGAAGAUACCUGUUUGUGUUUCACUGCUCUUGGAGGUCUCCCAGGACCAUAUAUAAAAUGGUUCCUAGAAAAGCUAAAGCCAGAAGGUCUGUACAAACUGUUAGCAGGAUUUGAAGAUAAAUCUGCUUAUGCUCUCUGCACCUUUGCCUUCAGCACUGGAAGUCCAGAAGAUCCUGUAAAGUUAUUCAAAGGCCAGACUCAUGGACAUAUAGUUGAUCCGAGAGGACCUCGAGAUUUUGGAUGGGAUCCAUGCUUCCAGCCAGUAGGCUACACUCAGACAUAUGCUGAAAUGCCCAAGUCUGUGAAGAACUCUAUCUCUCAUCGUUACAAAGCCCUGAAAGAGCUGUCUGCCUAUUUUGUUCAACAGCACAACCCAGCAGAGGCCCUAUCUUGCCCUCGUUAGCCUGCCUGAGUCUAUGAAAUCUUUUUUUUUUUGGUAUAUAAAAAUGUAAUUAAAGCAUAGGAGUGUUUCCUGUCUGUACAAAUCAUGUUCAGUAAACCUACUUUCUUUAAGAUAA